CGAUCACUGUGGGAAGAAUUUCACACAAAAAGGUAACCUUAACAAACACAUGAGAAUCCACACUGAGAGAAGCUACACACAUGUGAUCAGUGCGGGAAGGGUUUCUUAGAAAAAGGAAACCUUAAAGACCACAUGAAUAUCCACACUGGAGAGAAGCCGUACACAUGUGAACAGUGUGGGAAGAGUUUCAAAUAUAAAGGAAACCUUAUUGUACACAUGAAAGGCCACACUGGAGAGAGGCCACACACAUGUGAUCAGUGUGGGAAGAGUUUCAAAUAUAAAGGAAACCUUAUUGUACACAUGAAAGGCCACACUGGGGAGAAGCCACACACAUGUGAUCAGUGUGGGAAGAGUUUUGCAGAAAAGGCAAUCCUUAAUGAACACAUAAGGAUCCACACUGGAGAGAAGCCAUACACAUGUGAUCAGUGUGGAAGGAGUUUCACACAAAGAGGAGCUCUUAUUGCACACAAGAAAACCCACAGUGAAGAAAAGCCAUAUACCUGUGAUCAAUGUGGGAGGAGUUUCAAACGAAAAGAAAGCCUUUGUGAUCACAUGAGGAUCCACACUGGAGAAAAGCCGUACAUAUGUGAUCAGUGUGGGAGGUGUUUCAUACGAAGAGUAACCCUUUAUCAACACAAGAAAACUCACACUGGAGUGAAGCCAUACACAUGUGAACAAUGUGGGAAGAGUUUCAAGAAUUCAAAUUUUCUUAAAGUACAUCUGUGUACUCAUUCUAGAGAAAGACAGUAUAACUCUGAACAGUGCAGUAAAAAAAAAUUCAGGGCAGAUUUAAAUUAUCACCAGAAACAACACAGCAGUGUGAAGGAUCAUGCUUGUUCUGAGUGUGGGAAGACUUUUUUUACAUAUGGUGCGAUGAAAGUGCACCAGACAGUUCACACUACAGAAACACCUUACAAGUGUUCACACUGUGACAAGAGAUUCAAACGGACAACACAUCUACAAAUACAUGAGAGGAUCCACACUGGAGAGAAGCCGCAUUACUGCCAUUCAUGUGGGAAGAGAUUCACUCAAUUAUCUUCUCUAAUCUCUCAUAAAUUACAUGUCUGCGUGUCUGAAAUUAUAGUAAGUAGUUCGAGUUCUGAUCCUGUACUUCCAGGUGUGAUAGGUGCUAGGUAGGGCUGCAUCAAGUACCGUAAUUGUUUUGAUAAUCAAUUAAUCAGAAAUCAUUUGAAUGAUUAAUCAAUCGAUUGUUGAUUAUUUCACAGAUUAAUCAGUAUCUUUGAUUAUUUGGAUUUUGGAGAUUAAAAUGUUGAGUUAUAUCCGUUCUAACUAAUAAAUAAAAAAAGAUAUCACUUCAGGUUUUGAAAGUGUCCUUUUAAUAAACUUUGAGUAAACUGAAUUAUUAUUCUCUUUAGGUAUUGUCCUCAUCAGAAGUCAUCAAUAGAUGGUUUCACUGGACACACACUCCUGGCCCGAAGUUAACUUCCGGUCUGUGCUUGUUUAUCGGUCUUGCUAAUGGCGCCGACUAGGGCUGUCGCGGUUAAGGAAUUUCCCUUGCGAUAAUUUUGAGUGGCUCAAUAGCGCGGUAUGCGGUAUUACCGCAUAUAUAUAUAU